AUGGCUGAAGGGAAGCUAAAAAUCGGUUCUCGCGUUGAGGUGACAGGAAAGGAUGUUGUUGGUACCAUAGCAUAUAUUGGAACAACACAGUUUUCUCCUGGAAAAUGGGUAGGAGUGAUACUGGAGGAGUCGAAGGGGAAAAACAAUGGUACGGUCCAAGGGAAACGCUACUUUACUUGUGAAGAAAAUCAUGGGAUCUUUGUGCGUCCAUCUCAGCUUACUCUUCUAGAUGAUCAAGAUGGAUCAAGCACAAUGGAUGUAUCUAUUUCAAGUGUCCUUUCAGAAUCAGGCACAACCUCAGAAUCUAGUACAUCUAGGUUAUCAUUAGGUGAAACUCCUAAACGUACGGGUUCUUCAACUUCUUUAUCCAGCAGUUUAAAACCUGAAAUGGCAAAAGGACGAACUUUAAAAUCACCAGCUCUCAAGCGCUCUUCUCUAGCUAGUUCAACACCAUCAGUGAAGGAUAAGCCUAAUCUACCUGUCUCAACAGGGAGACGUCCACCUGAAAUCAGAAAAGCGUCACAACCUGCAUUAAAGCGACCUAGUAUGAUCUCAUCAACUGGAUCCAAUCCAGAUCUGGUACAAAGUAAUGUAGCACCAAUUUCGAAAAGUGAAAGUCCUCUCAACAAAUCCACUGAAAGUAAACCUGUUAAAGAAUCCAUUCAACCUAGUGGUGAUACAUUGCCAAAAACCAUUUCAUCAACUAUAAAAACAAGUGAUCCAAACUACCGACUACUACUGAUGGUAGCAAAAUACCUGAAGUUUCAACUAUUGCAGGAGCUAGUGAUAUUAAAAUAA